UUAUAAUUCAUUCCGAAACUUGAUAAAAUAGUGUAAAUUUGCAGGAUUCCAAUUUUAUACUUCUUCCAAUAUUUCACCACCAAAUCAGUUUAUUAUUUCUUUAUUAUUAUUUUUUUGUUAUUAAUGUAAAUUGUUAUGGUUGAUUUGAGUGAUAAUAAUUUAACUGAGUCUCCUUGGCUGUUAUUUACUGAUUUAUCAGUUUCAAAUGAAUUUCUCAGAAAAAAUUUAAAUUUAAAUUUAUUUCACUUACUUCGUUUGAAAUUGUUUAAAAAGUACUUGGCUGAGGAGACUGCCAAGAAAAGAUCACGUAAAUCCUCGGCAGUUAGGCGUUCUCAGGGCUACUCAAAUUCUCAUGCCACUAAACUGGUCAACUCAGCCCAAAGUUUAGAUUUACAGCAACUUUGGCAAUUUAUUGCUGGGAAUCUUGAUUUAAAUGUAACAUAUUUUAGUGAUAAAAUUGACAAAAUUUUACUCAAUAAUACCUUAACCGUUUGUAAACACUCGAAUGACUCCAAUAAUACCAAUAACAUUGACAACGCCAAUGAUACAGUGGAUAACACUCCUAUCUCACCUCUUGAUACUGUAGAUAGUGAUGAUGAUUCCAAAAGUUUGGAUAAUACUUUGGAUAACAAUGACGUGAAUCAUUUGGAAGGUAGUGAAAAUAAUGUCGAGGAUGGAUUCUUUAAGUUUGAGGAUAUGGAGAGGUUCGCAGAUGAGGAUUAUAUUGAGGAUGAGGAAUUCGACUACUUUGAUUCACUAGGUGAAGAAUCUGACGACUCAACACCAGCAUGUGAUAUGAUGUACUCAGAUUUUUUCGAUAACCCAUCCACAAAUAAUAUCAAUUCCAAUAUCAAUACCAAUGCUGAUGAUAUGGAUGGUGAUACUGAGGGUACUGAUGAUGAAGAUGAUGUAUAUAGAGAUGACAUCGAUUUAACUACUUUAUAUGAUGAUGAUAAUUCACCAAAUGUUGAUAAAAAUUCACUAAAUGAUAAAAAUCCAGUUAAUGGAGUGAAUAGAGAAAAAAACAGUAUAGAUAAGAUAGAGGAGGAAUUGGUGAAGGAGAAGGAUUGGUCAAUGAUGGGUGAGGCUUGGGGUUAUUCUCGGCCUAGAAACUCAUUACUAUCACUAGAUUUACAAUUACCCUAUUACAACUCCACGUUACAAAAUACUACUGAGACCACUGAUGAUGCCGAUAACAGUACUGCCACUACUGAUAAUAACGUUGGAGUGGAAAUAAUAAUAAUGGAGAGGAUAAAGAGUGGAAUAUUUGAUAAUAUAGAGUAUAAACGUGAUUUUCAUCCCAUAGAAGAGUCUAAACCUGAUCCUGCUGAGGAGUUAGACUUUUCAAAGGAUAAAAGAGGACUUGGUGAAAUAUAUGAAGACAAAUAUAAACAACUGUUCUCCUCAAAUAAUAGUAAAUUAGACGCUCAGAAACAACUAUUAACACAGAUGUUCAGUAAGUUGAUGUAUAAACUGGACUCACUGUCAAAUUGCUCCUUUGUACCUAAGAUACCUAAAAUUACCACUAACAAUGUCUCUACCAUAUCUGUUGAAACUCCAAUCAACGUUAUAAUAUCCGAAAACAACACCAACACAAAUAAAAAGGUUGAUAGCAAUUUGAUAAGUGUGAGUACAAAUCGUAAUAGAAAGAAACGAAAAUUCAAGAGUAAGAUGAAGAGGUUGGUUAAAAGCGGUAAAAUGAGUGCACAAGAAGUGGAAAUGUUAAAUAAAAAGAUGAGAGAAACUAAUAAGAAGAGAAGAGAGGAGCUGAAGAAUAAAAAAUUAACUGGGCUACCUGGUAAAGAUAUAAAAUCAAGAACCAGGAUUAACACUACACAAUUACUCAGCAACAUCACCCAGCAAUAAUUCACACUAAUUGUAGUAUAAAAGUUGAUUUUUUUGAGGGGGAUUAAAUUAAAUAUUAAUGUACGGAGAGUCUAAAGUGAUGAAGAGGGCUCGUUGUAAAUCAACUGAAUCGAACCGUUUCUAAAAAAAUCAAUAUUUUAUUAAAUGAA